CCAUGAUUGUAAGUUUAUCGCAGUGCCACUAGACACCCCAUAUCAACCAAGUACCUUUGGGUCGUUGCCCCCCCACUAUUUGGUGACUAGUAUAAUCAUAUUGAACCGAUAGACACCCGUCAACCCCGACUGCCUCCACAAUUCCAGUGGGCCGGGGCUAUAUUUACUUUACGGUGACGUACUGCCAGUCUGCCACACCUCACCUCACCUCAACUACCACUCUCGUGCGACCGGAGAGACACACCAAGGUGCCAACACGAUAGCAGGUGCCAUCAGUAUGGACAUAGGACGAUGCAGCAAACGCAUCGUACAGUAUCUCUGGGACCCGGAACCCAGAAAUGACGAAGAACCUGAUGCAUCGAUCUGGUGCCUAGGCAUAGAGUACCCCCCCGAUUCGGAUGCACCUGCCGGGAGCAAGACCCGUAAGGCCCUACACAAUUCCAUGACUCAAUCCAGUGGGGGCGACCCGUACAAAAGUACGACGGAGCCAGCAAGGCCCUGGAAACAACAAGAUUAUGGUUGGCCAGAGUUGUUCUUGUCAGACUUCGAAUCGAGGAUAUGGAUGACUUAUCGAUCAAAUUUCCCACCGAUACCAAAGUUCGACGGUGGCGACUCGAAUAUAUCUAUGACACUAGGCGUACGUCUGAGAAGUCAACUCGUAGAUACGCAAGGGUUCACCUCGGAUACUGGAUGGGGCUGCAUGAUUCGAUCUGGCCAAAGCCUGCUGGCAAAUGCAAUCUCUAUAUUGCUGAUGGGGCGAGAUUGGCGCCGGCAGGAGAGUCCUAGAGAAGAGUCACAGUUGCUAUCACUCUUUGCUGACGUUCCGAGUGCCCCGUUCUCAAUACACCGCUUUGUAAAGCAUGGCGCAGAGUCGUGCGGUAAACACCCAGGAGAAUGGUUCGGCCCUUCUGCAACUGCUAAAUGCAUAGAGACUCUUUCAUCCCAGUGUGACAAUUUGCCACUGAAGGUAUACGUGACGAAUGAUACCUCAGAGGUUUACCAAGACAAGUUCAUGAGUGUCGCUCAAAACGACAUGGGUGUCUUCCAGCCCACCCUCAUUCUCCUAGGAACCCGGCUAGGUAUCGACCACAUUACACCCGUAUAUUGGGACGGGCUAAAAGCUGUAUUGCGGUUUCCCCAAUCUGUCGGGAUUGCAGGAGGACGCCCGUCCGCGUCUCACUAUUUUGUUGGCACCCAGGGAUCAUCUUUGUUUUACCUAGACCCGCAUAAUACUCGCCCGGCGAUUCCAGAACGGGAAUUGAGCGAACCAUAUUCGGCAGUUAACAUCGAUAGUUAUCAUACACGGCGACUGAGAAGGAUUCAUGUCAAGGAUAUGGAUCCCAGCAUGCUGAUAGGCUUCCUUAUCCGAAACGAAGAGGACUGGCUGGAUUGGAUAACCCGCGUAAGAGCCGUUGAAGGGAGACCGAUAAUCCACGUUUUGAACGAAGUGAACCACUCCCAGCAAGAAGCAGAAGCCUUCGACCAAGUUGAGGUGUUGGAAGAUAGUGAUUGAACAGAGAAAGUGGGCAAGGAUCACAAUUUAUGCUAGCUUUAUCAAGGAUGUCCAACACCGUAAAUGAUCAUAAUACAGAGUAAUAUGAUUAUGCAACUGAGC